CUUACUAUGCGUCACUUCGCCUCUCAGUCGUUGAUCAUGGCGGAGCCGGAGCCACAGCGCGAAGUGAAGCCUCAACUUCUCAAUGGGGACGACUUUAACGACGGGGAAAGAGAGGAAGCGGACACCUGCGAAGCAGUAAAGAAAAAGAGAAGAAAGAAGAAGAGGAGCAGGGCCAGUGUGCCAGUGUGUGACUUUGCAGCAGGGACAGAUGAAACUGAGGGAGACUCUGGUGAAGCCGGAGGUAUCGGUGAAGUGACGGCACAGCUGGAGCAGCAAACCUUGGAGGAUAGAGAGAGGCCCGAGGAUGCAGAAGAAGAUGGUGAUGAAGGGGAAAACUCAGCUGUCAAAAAGAAGAGGAGGAAGAAGAAGAAAAAAGGAGUGAAGGGACAGACUGACCCUCCCUCAGUACCUAUUUGUGAGCUCUAUCCCAACGGGGACUUUCCAAAGGGAGAAGAGUGUGAAUAUCCCCCAUCGAAAGACGGUCGCAGCGCAGCAUGGCGGACCACCAGCGAGGAGAAGCGGGCAAUGGACAGAGCCAACGAGGAGAUGUGGAGUGAUUUCAGGCAGGCAGCUGAGGCCCACCGACAGGUACGCUCUUACGUCAGGAGCUGGAUCAAACCGGGGAUGACCAUGAUAGAAAUCUGCGAGAAGCUGGAGGAUUGCUCCAGGAGGCUCAUCAAAGAAAACGGGCUGAACGCCGGCCUGGCGUUUCCAACCGGCUGCUCCAUCAACCACUGCGCUGCCCAUUACACCCCAAACGCAGGAGAUCCGACCGUGCUGCGCUAUGAUGACGUCUGCAAAAUUGACUUUGGUACACACAUCAAUGGUCGAAUAAUAGACUGCGCAUUCACCGUCACUUUUAAUCCAAAGUACGACAGACUGCUGGACGCUGUGAGAGAUGCAACAAAUACUGGCAUCAAGUGUGCUGGAAUUGAUGUGCGCCUGUGUGAUGUUGGCGAAACUAUCCAGGAGGUCAUGGAGUCCUAUGAAGUGGAGAUAGACGGGAAAACAUAUCAAGUGAAACCAGUCAGAAACCUCAACGGCCACUCGAUUGGACAGUACAGGAUACACUCAGGGAAGACUGUUCCUAUUGUAAAAGGUGGAGAGGCAACCAGGAUGGAGGAAGGUGAAACUUAUGCCAUCGAGACGUUUGGCAGCACUGGAAGAGGUGCAGUCCACGAUGACAUGGAGUGUUCUCACUACAUGAAAAACUUCAAUGUUGGACAUGUGCCAAUAAGACUACCAAGGGCUAAACACCUGCUGAACGUGAUAAACGAGAACUUUGGGACGCUGGCCUUUUGCCGCCGCUGGCUGGACCGCCUGGGUGAGAGCAAGUACCUGAUGGCACUGAAGAACCUGUGUGACCUGGGCAUCAUAGACCCUUACCCACCUCUAUGCGACAUCAAGGGCAGCUACACCGCCCAGUACGAGCACACCAUCCUCCUGAGGCCCACCUACAAGGAGGUAGUGAGUCGAGGAGACGACUAUUAGGCAUGCAGCUAAGACCCUCAGGUGAAACUGCCGGAGCAUGACAGCUGAGCAACAGCAGACGUCUUCGCACUGACAGCAGUUAUGGAAUAUCUCUCUGACCUAACUUUACAUUGCUUGAAUCCCUUUAGGUACAGUGCCUUGCGAAAGUAUUCAUAGCUCUUGAGCUUGUUCGAAUUUUGUCACUUACAACCACAGAAUGCAUAAUUGUGGAGUAGAAGGAAAAUGAUUUGUGUUUGUUUUUUUUUUAGAUGAUGGACACAUACAAAAGUUUUAAAACAAAUGACAAUCUGAAAAUUGUGGCAAGCAUUUUAAAUCAGUAAUUCAUAGAACCACCUUUUGUUGCAAUCACAGCUGCAAGUCUUUUAAGGCAUGUCUCAACCAGCUUUGCACAUGGGAAUAAGAUUUGUGCCAAUUUUUCUUUUCAAAAUAGCUCAAGUUUGGUCAGUUUAGGUGACUGAUGUCUGUGAAUGUGCAAUUCCAAGCCUUGAGACAGUUUCUUAAUUGAAUUUAGAUCUGGACUUUUAGUAGGCCAUUCUAACGCAGGGGAUUUGCUUUGAUCUCCAGCAGGUUUUCAUCCAGGAUUAAUCCCCAUCGUCACAUUAGCUUUGACCAGCCUUCCUGUCCCUGCUGAAGAAAAGCAUCCCCACUGCACGAUGAUGCCACUACCAUAUUUUGCUGUAGGGAUGGUGUGAUUGGGGCAAUGUGUGGUGUUUUCAGUUUGGUCUCAUCUGUGAAUUUCAGCUGUGGAUUUCUGCAGCUCCUCCAGAGUUACCAUGGGCUCUUGCCUGCUUCUCUAAUCGAAGGGCUUUACAUACGCUGCGAGAUGUCGCAGCUUGUUCUUGAAACCUCAGUUAGACAUCAGUUGGCCACAACGUUUUUUUCCCUGUACAGUGUUGAACAAAUGUGUGAUUGGUCAAACGUUUCCAUGGAGCAGAAAAAGUGCAUGCUGCAGUGGCCCUAUGAGAACUUCCCAGGGAUAAACAAACACAUUAACUGGUUCUUAUGGAUUAUGUGCAGCCCAUUAAUGCUCUCUGUGCCCCAGUCCGUGAGUUUAGGUGGAUGGCCAUGUCUUGGAGGUUUGAGGUUUUACCAUACUCUUUCCAUUCUCAGAUGAUGGAUUGAACAGCACAGCUGAUAUGUUUUGCUGUGUUUCUUGGUCUUCAUGUUGUUUGUUCACUAAUGUUUUCUAACAAACCUCUGAGGCCUGCACACAACAGCUGGAUUUAUGCUGAGAUUCUGUCAAUCACACAUUGCUGGACUCUGUUCAGCAGUUAAGGGACUUCUGAAACCAAAUGUUUGCACAGGAUUUUAUUUUGGGUUUUAGGGUAAAGAGAGCUGAAUACAAAUACUGCCACAAUUUUUAGAUUUUAUUUGUGAAAAAUUCUGAAAACCUUGUAUAAUUUUCCUUUACCUUCAUGAUAAUGCUUUCAUAAUAAUGCUUCAUGUAAUACUUUGUGUUGGUUUAUUACAUAAAAUCCUAGUAAAUACAUUGAAGUCAGUGGUGGUAACAUGAAAACGUUUGAGUGGUAUGAAUACUUUUGGAACACUUAUUGUAGCAAAACAAAAGCCUUGUAUCAUGAUAAGAGCUUACUAGUAUUUUUGUUUUCUUUAAAAGGAUCAAGCCAGCAGAAAAAGGGCACCUCUAUAAUGAAAGUACCAUUGCAGGCUUAGUUAAAAGUGCUGCUUUCAUUAAUGCAACAAAAACAAUAGAUUUAGAUAGAGCAGAUGUCCAGAAAACACAUUCAGCUUUAUUGCCUUGUUAGAACCUCUUGGGGAAAGAAUGAACUGCUAUAAAAUAUUUGUAUUCCAAUAUUCUGCUGCUUUAUUUUCUUUUGAUGCAAUUUUUUUAGCAAAUAAAUUGUUAUACAUCUGGA